AUACCGAUUACGGAAUAUCGAACCAUUUGCUGUCUGCUCACCUUUAGAACUGCGGGCGAUAUUCUGGGUUACGGAAUUUUCUUUGUGAUGAUGCUUCGAUAUGGCUGAUGACUUGGACGAUAUUGAUGCGAUUUUAUCUGACGAAAAUUUUGAUUUUGUAGGACAAAGUUCACAAGAGAACAUUGUAUCUGAUAGUGCAUGUAGUGAGGACUUUGUUGAUGAUUUUGAUGAUGCGUGGCAUGCCGAACUUGAAGAUGCUUUAUUGGAGGGAUUUGUUGAUCAUACUAUAAUACGAAAUAUAUGCAAGUGCAGAAUUUUGCCACCAAUUCAUAGGGCGGAGGUAUGGAAAAUCUGUCUCAACAUUGCAAGUCGUGGCAAUGCGUUGAAUUGCUGGGAUGGGAAGCUUGAUCUAACGGAACAAAAUCAGAUACAUGAAGCAUGCGAAAAAAUUGUUGAUCAAUCGAAAACGGAGGAUAUCGAACAAGCACUUGCAAAUUUAGAAUUGAUAAUCACAUUUUACUGCAAAAGUCGUGCCAUUAAAUACGACAACGAAUAUGCAUGGACCUUUUUGUUACAACCAAUGUUGGAAUUACCAGAAUUGGAUCGUGCUGACUUGUACAACUGCUUUUAUGCAAUGCUAGCCCGUUACAUACCCCGUGAAUCUCUUCCUGAUGCUCCAUAUAAUCUGUUUCGACUUAUUCUUCUUUAUCAUGAUCCGGAGCUCUGCUCGUUCCUCGAUUCUCGCAAAUUAACAAUGCAGAUGUUUAUGAAACCCUGGCUUCGAACUCUGUUCGCGAGCCAUUGUAAACGUCCUGUCACUCUCGCCUUAUGGGAUAUUUAUCUUCAAAGAGCAGAUCCAUUCUUCAUGUUUUUUCUGGCACUCGUCAUUUUAGUGAAUGCCAAAGAACAAGUAAUGAACACUAUGUUGGAUAAGCAAAAGAAUGAAAUUGCCGACGCACUGACUGAGUUUCCUGUUGCUCUUGAAACUGUGGAUGUGGAAGACUUCUGUCAGUUAGCUAUGUAUUUUAGUGACAAAACUCCACAAUCUGUGCGCAAGGGUUAUCAAGAUGCUUUGUUCAGUGGACCCAUGUCUUUGUCAGGAUCGAAAGAAAGCACAAGAGUGGAAAGAGAAUUAGCACAGUCAUUGUGUAUUCAAGUUGCAGUACCAGAUAUUUUAUUAUCUGCACAGCCUGACUUUUCAAGCGACGAACGGAGUGAGUCAAAUCAAGUCAGAUUUUUUCUUGUUGAUUGUCGAUCUCCUGAUCUUUACAAUGCUGGUCAUCUCAGUACAGCGUUUCACUUGGAUGCGACACUAAUGUUGCGAGAACCUGCAGAAUUUAAAAUGGCAAUUGAUGCAUUGUCCAAUGCACAAGAACAAGCAAUACAAGCAGGUUCAGCAGCAGGAGGAGAGCACUUGUGUUUGAUAGGUAGCGGUGUAGAUGAGGAAGAUCAAUACAUGUACAUGGUGAUUGCACAUUUGUUAAAAAACCAUCGAUCUUAUAUCAGUGUUGUCCGAGGUGGAUUUAAAUCCAUAAUAACGUACUUAUCCGAUGUCAACAUUAAUCUCAGUGAAUGGAUUACAGGUACCAGCAGCCCAAAGCAAUUGUUGAAUUUACACAAAUCAAGCGAACAUUCUUUUGAAUCUGCAAAAGAAAAUGCUGCAUCUUCAUCCAGCAAAGCACCGACAGAAUCUGGAACAAUGGAAAGCUUCAUGAAGAAUUUAUCUAUAACGUUGAAGAGUAAAUCACAUAACAUUAAAGAGAAAGUGACGAAAUUCAUUGAAAACACACAUCAAGAAGAUGACAUGAGCCACAUGAAUACAAAUUAUAACGGAAAGCCGUAUCGAGGCACUCAACCUGUGUUUUCAAUUGGUGAUGAAGACGAACAUAAUGCUGAGGAACCAUAUCAUAAUCUUCCAAAGAAGAAAGAGCCUGUUUAUGAAGAUAGUGAUGUUGAUGAAGAUGAACUUGUCGACUUAGAUGAAUGGUUCAAACAACACAAUGUUAAGAAUCCGACAGCUUGCUUCUUGGUUUUACAGACUGGUAGACGAUUUCCUGCACAUUUGGCAGUGGACAAAGAUGACAUGGUUUGUUUUAGAGAAUACAAAGCCUUUAAAAAAUCAAAAAUUGUGACCCGUAGAUCUCUUGCAUUAGUAUCAAAAAUCACGUCAAAGCGAUCAUGUCCAGAAUUAAUAACGUUCAAGUUUAAUGUUCCUACUGAAGGUGAGAAUGAGGACGGAGAAGCUAAAUCUGUUGAAGAGGUUGACAGAUACUUGAUUCCUGAGGCAGGUCAAGCAACAAAGUACAUCAAACAACAAAUUAUGAGAGUCCUAGAUGCAACAGAGUCAUAGACAAACAAAAUUCUAGUGAAUGAUUCUUCUGGUGCUGAAUUUCCAAUGUGCAGAUUUGAGCCAUCAUUUCAGAAAUUGUAAUGUCUUGUUUGUAAUUUUGUUAUGUCGCUGAUUUUGUGUUAUUAAUUUUGUUGCAUGAUCAGUUAGUUUCAAUGUUAUAGAUUUUAUUUACUAUAUUUAUCAUUGUACAAAAAGUUGAUAAUGCUAUGUAGCGAUUAUAUAUAAGAACAAACUAAUGGAAAAUAUUGUUAUGAAAAUACAGUAUGACAUUUCCAGA